AUCAGGAGGCGAGGCCGGGCCAGGAUUCCCCUCCUCGUUCCUGAGCUGCAACAGUGGAAAGUUGCGAGACUCAGUCGCUGGCCCAGCGGGGAGAGCUGCGGCGGCGGCAGCCAGGAGGGCAGAGGGAAUCGGGCCACGGCGCUGCAGGGCUCAGAGCUGCCCCCGGGGCAUGGACCCGGCGUUCUGCCUGCGCUUGGUGACACGCUGCCCCGGGCCCGCGAGCAGAUAGCAGUCUAGAGACAGAGGAAGAAGAGACGUCCAGACAAAAGCUGCUGCAUUUCUGUUCUGCUCAGCCUCUGGAGGAAUUGGGGUUUGGUGCUUGUACACAUCUGAUUUCGCAGCUCCAAACUUUUUUGCUGGUUCAAAAGAUAUUUCAAGAGUGUAAUGAGUUACUGUGAGAGGAAACCCUCUGCCUGUUGUUGAGUGCUAAGCACAGUGCUUAGGCGCUCAGGAAAAAGAAAAAAAUGAUUUCCUGGGAAAUUGUCCACACAGUACUCCUGUUUGCUCUUCUUUAUUCUUCCCUAGCUCAAGAUGCAAGCCCCGAGUCGGAGAUCAGGGCUGAGGAAAUUCCCGAGGGGGCUUCCACUUUGGCUUUUGUGUUCGAUGUGACUGGUUCCAUGUAUGAUGAUUUAGUUCAGGUUAUCGAAGGGGCUUCCAAAAUUUUGGAGACGUCCUUGAAAAGACCUAAGAGACCGCUUUUCAACUUUGCUUUGGUGCCUUUCCACGAUCCAGAAAUCGGCCCAGUGACAAUUACCACAGAUCCCAAGAAAUUUCAGUAUGAACUCAGAGAGCUAUAUGUUCAGGGUGGUGGUGAUUGUCCAGAAAUGAGUAUUGGAGCUAUAAAAAUUGCAUUGGAAAUUUCUCUUCCUGGUUCUUUCAUCUAUGUUUUCACUGAUGCACGGUCCAAGGAUUACCGACUCACCCAUGAGGUGCUGCAGCUUAUCCAACAGAAACAGUCUCAAGUGGUCUUUGUGCUCACUGGAGAUUGUGAUGACAGGAACCAUAUUGGAUAUAAAGUCUAUGAAGAAAUUGCCUCUACAAGUUCUGGUCAAGUCUUCCACCUGGAUAAAAAACAAGUUAAUGAGGUGCUAAAAUGGGUUGAAGAAGCAGUGCAGUCCUCCAAAGUUCAUCUCUUAUCCACAGAUCAUUUGGAACAGGCUGUAAACACUUGGCAAAUUCCUUUUGAUCCCAGCCUAAAAGAGGUUACUGUGUCUCUUAGCGGCCCUUCUCCAGUGAUUGAAAUUCGCAAUCCUUUAGGGAAGCUGAUAAAGAAGGGAUUUGGCCUCAAUGAGCUGUUAAAUAUCCACAACUCUGCCAAGGUGGUGAAUGUAAAAGAGCCAGAGGUUGGAAUGUGGACAGUGAAGACCUCAAGCAGUGGAAGACACUCUGUUCGUAUCACUGGCCUCAGUACUAUUGAUUUCCGAGCUGGCUUUUCCCGAAAGCCCACACUGGACUUCAAAAAAACAGUCAGCAGGCCGGUGCAAGGAAUACCUACCUAUGUGCUGCUGAAUACUUCUGGAAUUUCUGUUCCAGCUAGAGUAGAUCGUCUGGAACUUCUGAGCAUCUCAGGCAGUCCUCUUAAGACUGUUCCUGUUAAAUAUUACCCUGACCGAAAACCUUAUGGCAUAUGGAAUAUUUCUGACUUCAUUCCCCCAAAUGAAGCCUUCUUUCUCGAAGUAACAGGCUAUGAUAAAGAUGGUUAUCUCUUCCAAAGAGUGUCAAGUGUUUCCUUUUCUAGUAUUGUUCCAGAUGUUCCCAAAGUUACAAUGCCUGAGAAAACCCCAGGAUACUACCUGCAGCCGGGCCAAAUUCCCUGCUCUGUUGAGAGUCUUUUGCCAUUUAGCUUGAGUUUUGUUAGAAAUGGAGUUACACUUGGAGUAGAUCAAUAUUUAAAAGAGUCUGCCAGCCUGAGCUGGGAUAUUGAAAACGUCACUCUGUCCGAUGAAGGCUCCUAUGAGUGCAUCGCUGUCAGCAGUGCAGGGACUGGAAGGGCACAGACUUUUUUUGAUGUAUCAGAGCCCCCACCAGUCAUCCAAGUGUCCAAUAAUGUUACAGUCAUUCCUGGAGAAAGAGCAGUUCUGACCUGUCUCGUCAUCAGUGCAGUAGAUUACAAUCUAACCUGGCAGAGGAACGGCAGAGAUGUCAGGCUGGCAGACCCAGCAAGAAUGAGAACCUUGGCUAACCUCUCGUUGGAGCUCAGCGGUGUGAAAUUCAGUGAUGCUGGGGAGUAUCACUGUGUGGCUUCCAAUGAAGGAGGAGCAUCAGCUGCUUCCGUUUUCCUCAUAGUGCAAGAACCUCCCAAAGUCACUGUGAUGCCCAAGAAUCAGUCUUUCACAGGAGGGUCUGAGGUCUCCAUCGUGUGUUCUGCAACAGGUUAUCCCAAGCCAAAGAUCACCUGGACCAUUAAUGAUAUGUUUAUCAUGGGUUCACACAGGUAUAGGAUGACCUCAGAAGGUACCUUAUUUAUAAAAAAUGCAGUUCCCAAAGAUGCAGGGAUCUAUGGUUGCCUGGCAAGUAAUUCAGCUGGAACAGAUAAACAGAUGUCUACCCUCAGAUACAUUGAAGCUCCAAAGUUGACUGUAGUACAGAGUGAGCUUUUGGUUGCCCUUGGGGAUACAGCAGUUAUGGAAUGUAAAACCUCUGGCAUCCCUCUACCUCAAGUUAAAUGGUUCAAAGGGGAUCUUGAGCUGAGGCCCUCAACAUUCCUCAUGAUUGACCCUUUCUUGGGACUUUUGAAGAUUCAAGAAAUACAAGACCUGGAUGCUGGUGAUUAUAUGUGUGUAGCCAUCAAUGAUGCUGGAAGAGCAACUAGCAAGAUAACUCUGGAUGUUGGCUCACCUCCAGUUUUCAUACAAGAACCUACUGACGUGUCUAUGGAAAUCGGCUCAAAUGUGACAUUACCUUGCUAUGUUCAGGGUUAUCCAGAACCAAGGAUCAAAUGGCGAAGAUUAGACAACAUGCCGAUUUUCUCAAGACCCUUUUCAGUUAGUUCCAUCAGCCAACUAAAAACAGGAGCCCUCUUUAUUUUAAACUUAUGGGCGAAUGAUAAAGGAACCUAUAUUUGUGAAGCUGAAAAUCAGUUUGGAAAGAUCCAGUCCCAGACAACAAUAACAGUGACAGGACUUGUUGCUCCACUUAUUGGAAUCAGCCCUUCGGUGAUUAGUGUAAUUGAAGGACAACAGCUUACCUUGCCUUGUACCCUAUUGGCUGGAAAUCCGAUUCCAGAACGUCAGUGGAUUAAAAACUCUGCCACGUUGGUCCCAAAUCCCUACAUCACUGUGCGCAAUGAUGGGAGUCUCCACAUUGAGAGAGUGAGCCUUCAGGAUGGAGGUGAAUAUACCUGUGUGGCUAGUAACGUUGCUGGAACCAGUAACAAAACUACCACUGUGGAUGUACACGUUCUGCCAACUAUUCAGCAUGGCCAGCAGAUACUCAGAACAAUUGAAGGUGUUCCCAUAACUUUACCUUGUAAAGCAAGUGGAAUUCCCAAACCUUCUAUCGUCUGGUCCAAGAAAGGAGAGCUGAUUUUGACCAGCAGUGCUAAGUUUUCGGCUGGGCCUGAUGGUAGCCUGUAUGUGGUGUCCCCAGGAGGAGAGGAGAGUGGGGAAUACCUCUGCACAGCCUCCAACGCCGCCGGCUAUGCCAAAAGGAAAGUGCAGCUGACAGUCUAUGUAAGGCCCAGAGUGUUUGGAGAUCAACGAGGGCUGUCCCAGGAUAAACCAGUAGAGAUCUCAGUCAUUGCAGGGGAAGAGGUGACUCUCCCAUGUGAAGUGAAGAGUUUACCUCCACCCGUAAUCACGUGGGCCAAGGAAACCCAACUCAUCUCUCCAUUCUCUCCAAGGCACAUGUUCCUCCCUUCUGGUUCAAUGAAGAUCACUGAGACCCGCGUUUCAGAUAGUGGGAUGUAUCUUUGUGUUGCCACAAAUAUUGCUGGGAAUGUGACUCAGUCUGUUAAAUUAAAUGUCCAUGUUCCUCCAAAGAUACAGCGAGGUCCUAAACUUCUGAAAGUACAAGUCGGUCAAAGAAUGGAUCUUCCAUGUAAUGCCCAAGGGACACCUCUUCCUGUGGUCACCUGGUUUAAAGGUGGAAGUGCUGUGCUGGUUGAUGGGGUGCAGCAGAGUAGCAGUCCACAUGGAACCUUAAGAAUUGACCAAGCCGUGCUCUCAGAUUCUGGCAUAUAUUCAUGUGUUGCUACUAAUGUAGCAGGCAGUGAUGAAACAGAGAUCACGCUACAUGUCCAAGAACCACCUACACUGGAAGAUCUUGAACCUCCAUAUAACACUCCAUUCCAAGAAAGAGUGGCCAAUCAACGCAUUGCAUUGCCAUGUCCUGCAAAAGGUACCCCCAAACCAAUCAUCAAAUGGUUGCAUAACAGUAGAGAGCUGACAGGCAGAGAACCUGGUAUUUCCAUCUUGGAUGAUGGCGCCUUGUUGGUUAUUGCAUCUGUUACGCCAUUUGACAAUGGGGAGUACGUCUGUGUGGCAGUCAAUGAAGCUGGAACCACAGAAAGAAAAUAUAACCUCAAAGUCCUUGUUCCUCCAGUAAUUAAAGAUACAGAACAAGUGACAAAUGUGUCAGUGUUGGUAAAUCAGCAGACCAGUCUCCUUUGUGAAGUUGAAGGCACUCCAUCUCCCGUCAUUAUGUGGUAUAAAGAGGAUAUCCAGGUGACCAAAAGCAGCACUAUUCAGAUUAUGAACAAUGGGAACAUACUAAAGCUCUUCAAAGCCACUCCAGAGCAUGCAGGAAGAUAUUCCUGCAAAGCAAUUAAUAUAGCUGGCACUUCUCAGAAGUAUUUUCACCUUGAUGUGCUAGUUCCACCCACCAUAAUAGGUGCCAGCUCCCCAAGUGAAGUCUCAGUUGUCCUCAACCAUGACACCACUCUUGAAUGCCAGGUCAAAGGCACUCCCUUCCCUGUUAUUCACUGGUUCAAAGAUGGCAAGCCUUUAUAUUUGGGAGAUCCAAAUAUUGAACUUCUAGACAGAGGACAAGUUUUACAUCUAAAGAAUGUACGAAGAAGUGACAAGGGGCGCUACCAGUGUACUGUUUCUAAUGCAGCUGGCAAGCAAGUCAAGGAUAUAAAACUGACUAUCCAUAUUCCACCCAGUAUUAAAGGAGGGAAUGUCACCACAGAAAUAUCAGCACUGAUAAACAGCAUAAUUAAACUGGAAUGUGAAACACGGGGACUUCCCGUGCCUGUCAUUCUUUGGUAUAAGGAUGGCCAGCCAGUCAUAUCCAGCUCACAAGCACUUUAUGUUGAUAAUGGACAAAUUCUUCAGAUUCCUCGAGCACAGAUUGCUGAUUCAGCAACAUAUGUGUGUCAUGCUACCAAUGUUGCUGGAACUGCUGAAAAAUCAUUCCAGGUGGAAAUCUAUGUUCCCCCAGUGAUUGAAGGUGACUUGGCUACACCUUUGAAAAAGCAAGUGAUUAUUGCUCAUUCCCUAACACUGGAGUGUAAAGCUGCUGGCAAUCCUCCUCCUGUACUCACCUGGUUAAAAGAUGGUAUACCUGUGAAAGCCAGUGACCAUAUCCACAUAGAAGCUGGUGGGAAGAAACUCAAAAUCAUCAAUGCUCAAGAAGUCAAUCGGGGACAGUAUGUAUGUGUGGCUACCAGUGUGGCAGGAGAAAGGGAAAUCAAAUAUGAAGUUGAUGUCUUAGUGCCACCAGCUAUAGAAGGAGGACAUGAAACAUCCUACUUCAUUGUGAUGGUUAAUAAUUUACUGGAGCUAGAUUGUCAAGUGCUAGGCUCACCCCCACCAACUAUCAUGUGGCUGAAGGAUGGUCAGCCAGUUGACGAAAGGGAUGGAGUCAAGAUUUUACCAAAUGGGCAUAAACUUAUUAUUGCCCAGGUUCAAGUGUCAGACACUGGUCUUUAUCGGUGUGUGGCAACCAACACUGCUGGAGAUCAUGAAAAGGAAUUUGAAGUGACUGUUCAUGUUCCUCCAACAAUCAAAUCCUCAGGCCUUUCAGAGAGAGCCGUGGUGAAAUUCAAGCCUAUCACCUUGCAAUGCAUAGCCAACGGCAUUCCAAAUCCGUCCAUUACCUGGUUAAAAGAUAGCCAACCUGUGAACACAGCCCAAGGAAACUACAAAAUACAGUCAUCUGGUCGAGUUCUUCAAGUUGCCAAAGCCAUGUUGGAAGAUGCUGGCAGAUUCACAUGUGUGGCUACCAAUGCGGCUGGAGAAACACAACAGCACAUUCUAUUGCAUGUGCAUGAACCACCCAGUCUGGAGGAUUCAGGGAAGAUGCUGAAUGAGACCGUGGUGGUAAACAACCCCAUCCAGCUGGAGUGUAAGGCAGCUGGAAAUCCUGUGCCUGCUAUUACAUGGUUCAAAGAUAAUCGUCCAUUGUCAGGUACCACAAGUGUGACUUUCUUGAACAGAGGACAGAUCGUUAGUAUCGAAAGUGCUCAGAUCUCAGAUGCUGGCAUAUAUAAAUGUGUGGCCAUUAACUCAGCUGGAGCUACAGAGUUAUUUUACAGUCUGCAGGUUCAUGUGCCCCCAUCUAUUUCUGGCAGCAAUAACAUGGUAGCAGUGGUGGUUAAUAAUCUGGUGAGAUUAGAAUGUGAAGCCAGAGGUAUCCCCGCCCCAAGUCUGACCUGGUUAAAAGAUGGGAGCCCUGUCUCUAGUUUCUCUAAUGGAAUACAGGUUCUCUCUGCGGGUCGAAUCCUGGCACUGACCAGUGCACAAAUCAGUGAUACAGGGAGAUACACCUGUGUGGCAGUGAAUGCUGCUGGGGAGAAACAAAGGGACAUCGACCUCAGAGUUUUUGUUCCACCAAACAUUGUGGGGGAAGAACAGAAUGUCUCUGUGCUUGUUAGCCAAGCUGUGCAGUUGCUGUGUGAGGGCGAUGCUGUUCCACCACCCACUCUGACUUGGUUAAAAGACGGCCGCCUUUUGCUGAAGAAACCAGGCUUCACUAUCUCUGAAAAUGGGAGUGUGUUGAAGAUUGAAGAUGCUCAGGUUCAAGACACUGGUCGUUAUACUUGUGAGGCAACAAAUGUUGCUGGGAAAACUGAGAAAAACUAUAAUGUCAACAUUUGGGUGCCACCAAAUAUUUAUGAUUCUCAUGAACUUGCUCAACUUACAGUUAUAGAAGGAAACCUCAUUAGUCUGUUGUGUGAAUCCAGUGGUAUCCCACCCCCAAGUCUCAUUUGGAAGAAGAAAGAUUCCCCAGUGCUGGCUGAUUCUAUGGGGCAUGUCAGAAUUUUAUCUGGAGGCAGGCAGUUACAGAUUUCAAUUGCUAAAAAGUCUGAUACAGGGCUCUAUACAUGUGUGGCAUCCAAUGUGGCUGGAACUGCAAAAAAAGACUAUAAUCUGAAAGUUUACACUCGCCCAACCAUAUCCAGCAGUGGCAGCCACCCUACAGACAUUAUUGUGACUCAAGGGAAGAGUAUUUCCUUGGAGUGUGAGGUGCAGGGUAUUCCUCAACCAGCAGUGACGUGGAUGAAAGAUGGCCGCCCCUUGGCCAAGGGAAGGGGUGGGGAAAUACUGGAUGAAGGUCACAUCCUUCAGCUGAAGAACGUUCACAUUUCUGACACAGGCCGCUAUGUGUGUGUGGCUGUGAAUGUGGCAGGAAUGGCUGACAGAAAAUAUGACCUAAGUGUCCACGCCCCUCCGAACAUCAUAGGAAACCAUGGCAUACCUGAAAAUAUUAGUGUGGUGGAAAAGAAUUCAGUGUCCUUGACUUGUGAAGCUUCAGGAAUUCCCUUGCCUUCAAUUACCUGGCUUAAAGAAGGGUGGCCCAUCAACCUUAGCAGUUCUGUGAGGAUUCUUUCAGGAGGUAGGACUCUACGGUUGAUGCAGACCAGAAUAGAAGAUGCUGGCCGUUAUACUUGUAUCGUAAGGAAUACAGCUGGAGAAGAAAGAAAAAUUUUUGGACUUUCAGUAUUAGUACCACCUCAUAUUGUAGGUGAGAAUAUAUUAGAAGACUUGAAGGUAAAAGAGAAACAGGGCAUUACACUGACUUGUGAAGUGACAGGGAAUCCAGUGCCAGAAAUAACAUGGCACAAAGAUGGGCAGCUUCUCCAAGAAGAUGAGAGCCACCACAUUAUGUCUGGUGGCCGUUUUCUUCAAAUUACCAAUGCCCAAAUGUCACACACUGGGAGGUAUACAUGUUUGGCUUCUAACACAGCUGGUGACAAAAGCAAAAGUUUCAGUCUUAAUGUGUUUGUAUCUCCUACAAUUGCUGGUGUAGACAGUGAUGGCAGUCCUGAAGAUGUCACUGUUAUCCUUAACAGCCCCACAUCUUUGGUCUGUGAAGCUUACUCUUAUCCUCCAGCUACAAUUACCUGGUUUAAGGAUGGAGCUCCUUUAGAAUCUAACCAAAAUAUUCGGAUUCUUCCAGGAGGUAGAACUCUGCAGAUCCUAAAUGCACAAGAGGACAAUGCUGGAAGAUACUCUUGUGUAGCCACUAAUGAGGCUGGGGAAAUGAUAAAGCACUAUGAAGUGAAGGUCUACAUUCCACCCAUAAUCAAUAAAAGUGACCUCUUGGGGCCAGGUCUUUCUCCUAAAGAAGUGAAGAUCAAAGUAAACAACACCCUAACCUUGGAAUGUGAGGCCUAUGCAAUUCCUUCUGCUUCCCUCAGCUGGUACAAGGAUGGACAGCCCCUAAAAUCAGACAAUCAUGUUCAUAUUACUGCAAAUGGACACAGACUUCAAAUAAAGGAGGCUCAACUAUCAGACACUGGACGGUACACUUGUGUAGCAUCUAACAUCGCAGGUGAAGAUGAACUGGAUUUCGAUGUGAAUAUACAAGUUCCUCCAAGUUUUCAGAAACUCUGGGAAAUAGGAAACAUGCUGGUCACAGGCAGAAGUGGGGAAGCCAAAGAUGUGGUCAUCAACAACCCCAUUUCUCUCUACUGUGAGACAAAUGCCGCACCUCCUCCUACUCUGACGUGGUACAAAGAUGGUCAUCCUCUAACCUCGAGUGACAGAGUAUUAAUUUUACCAGGGGGGCGGGUGCUGCAGAUUCCCCGCACUAAAGUAGAAGAUGCUGGGAAAUACACAUGUGUGGCUGUGAAUGAGGCUGGAGAAGAUUCCCUUCAAUAUGAUGUCCGUGUUCUCUUGCCGCCAAUUAUCAAGGGAGCAAACAGUGAUCUCCCUGAAGAGGUCACUGUGCUGGUGAACAGGAAUAUGCUGAUGGAAUGUUCAUCCAGUGGCAGACCAGCACCAAGGAAUUCCUGGCAAAAAGAUGGACAACCCUUGCUAGAAGAUGACCAUCAUAAAUUUCUAUCCAAUGGAAGAAUUCUGCAGAUUCUAAAUGCCCAAAUAACAGAUAUCGGCAGAUAUGUGUGUGUUGCUGAGAACACAGCUGGAAGUGCCAAAAAAUAUUUUAAUCUCAAUGUUCAUGUUCCUCCAAGUGUCAUUGGUCCUAACCCUGAAAAUCUGACUGUUGUGGUGAACAAUUUCAUCUCUUUGACCUGUGAGUUCUCCGGGAUCCCCCCUCCUGAUCUCAGCUGGCUCAAGAAUGAACAACCCAUCAACCCAAAUACAAACAUUCUCAUUGUGCCUGGUGGUCGAACGCUACAAAUUCUUCGGUCCAAAACAUCUGAUGAUGGCGAAUAUACAUGUAUAGCUAUCAACCAAGCUGGUGAAAGCAAGAAAAAAGUUUCCCUGACUGUUUAUGUACCCCCAAGCAUUAAAGAUGGUGGCAGUGAAUCUGUUUCUGUAGUUAAUGUAAGGGAGGGAACCUCGGUGUCACUGGAGUGCGAAUCCAACGCUGUCCCACGCCCAGUCGUCACCUGGUAUAAGAACGGCCGAAUGCUCACCGAGUCUGCUCACUUGGAAGUUUUAGCAGAUGGACAAAGGCUGCAAGUCAAGAAAGCUGAGGUAUCUGACACAGGCCAGUAUGUAUGUAGAGCUAUAAAUGUAGCAGGACGGGAUGAUAAAAAUUUCCACCUCAAUGUAUAUGUACUGCCCAGUAUCGAAGGACCUGAAAAAGAAGUGGUUGUUGAGACGAUCAGCAAUCCUGUGACCCUAACAUGUGAUGCCACUGGAAUUCCACUCCCCACCAUAUCAUGGUUAAAGAACUACAAACCCAUGGAGAAUUCUGACUCACUUGAAGUUCAUAUUUUGUCUGGAGGUGGCAAACUCCAAAUUGCCCGGUCUCAGCUUUCAGACAGUGGAAACUAUACAUGCAUUGCCUCAAAUAUUGAGGGAAAAGCACAGAAAAAUUACAUUCUCUCAAUUCAAGUUCCUCCAAGUGUUGCUGGUGCAGAAAUGCCAAGUGAAGUCAGUGUCCUUCUAGGGGAAAAUCUUGAGCUGGUCUGCAAUGCAAACGGCAUUCCCACCCCAGUUAUUCAAUGGCUUAGAGACGGAAAGCCCCUAAACAGCGGAAAGCCCAUAACCAGUGGUGAAACAGAAAGAAUCUGGGUGACUCCAGAUGGCAGCACAUUAAACAUUUACGGAGCUCUCACAGCUGACAUGGGGAAAUACACAUGUGUUGCUACUAAUCCCGCUGGAGAAGAAGACCGAAUUUUUAACUUGAAUGUCUAUGUUCCACCUGUAAUUAAAGGUAAAAAAAAAGAAGCAGAGAAAAUAAUGGCUUCGUUGGGUACUUCAAUAAAUAUUGAAUGUAGAGCCACAGGAACACCUCUACCCCAGAUAAACUGGUUAAAGAAUGGACUUCCUCUGCCUCUCUCCUCCCAUAUUCGGUUACUAUCGGGAGGGCAGGUCAUAAGGAUUGUGAGAGCUCAGGUAUCUGAUGUUGGAGUGUACACUUGUGUGGCCUCCAACAGAGCUGGGAUGGAUAAUAAGUAUUACAGCCUUCAAGUUUUUGUGCCACCAAGUAUGGACAAUGCAAUGGGAACAGAGGAAAUCAUGAUUGUCAAAGGCAGUCCUACCUCUAUGACGUGCUUUGCAGAUGGAACUCCACCUCCCAGUAUGUCCUGGCUGAAAGACGGCCAACGUCUGGCACUCGAUGCCCAUUUGACAACAAGUAAUCAAGGAAUGGUCCUUCAGCUCAUCAAAGCAGACACGGAAGAUUCUGGAAGAUUCACUUGUGUUGCCUCAAAUGAAGCUGGAGAAGUCACUAAACACUUCAUUCUGAAGGUCCUAGAACCACCUCAUAUUGAUAGAUCUGAAGAACCUGAAGAGAUAUCAGUGAUUGUUAGUAAUCCAUUUGAACUUACCUGCACUGCUUCUGGAAUCCCAGCUCCUAAAAUUAUGUGGAUGAAAGAUGGACGGCCUCUUCCACAGAUAGAUCAGGUGCAAACUCUAGGAGGGGGAGAGGUUCUUCAAAUAUCUAGUGCUCAAGUGGAGGACACAGGAAGGUAUACAUGUCUGGCAUCCAGCCCUGCAGGAGAUGAUGAUAAAGAAUAUUUAGUGAGAGUCCAUGUACCCCCUAAUAUUGCUGGAAUUGAUGAGCCUCAGGAUUUCACUGUGUUACGAAACAGACAAGUGACAUUGGAAUGCAAAUCAGAUGCAGUGCCCCCACCUAUAAUAACCUGGCUCAAAAAUGGGAAACAGUUACAGGCAACACCUCGAGUGCGAAUCCUAUCUGGAGGGAGAUACUUGCAAAUUAAUAAUGCAGAUCUAGGUGAUACAGCCAAUUAUACCUGUGUUGCCAGCAACAUUGCAGGAAAGACUACAAGAGAAUUUAUUCUCACUAUAAAUGUUCCUCCAAGCAUAAAGGGUGGCCCCCAGAGCCUUGUCAUUCACUUAAAUAAGUCAAUUAUAUUGGAAUGCUUCGCGGAAGGUGUGCCAACUCCAAGAAUAACGUGGAGAAAGGAUGGAACUGUUCUAGCUGGGAAUCAUGCAAGAUACUCUAUCCUGGAAAACGGAUUCCUUCAUAUCCAGUCAGCACAUGUCACCGACUCUGGGCGGUAUUUGUGUAUGGCUACCAAUGCUGCUGGAACAGAUCGCCGGCGAAUAGAUUUACAGGUCCAUGUUUCUCCAUCAAUUGCUCCGGGUAUUAACAACAUAACUGUAACAGUAAAUGUUCAAACUACUCUGGCUUGUGAGGCUACUGGAAUACCCAAACCAUCAGUCACAUGGAGGAAAAAUGGGCAUCUUCUUAAUGUGGAUCAAAAUCAGAAUUCAUACAGGCUCCUAUCUUCAGGUUCACUAGUAAUUAUUUCCCCCUCUGUGGAUGACACUGCAGCCUAUGAGUGCACUGUGACAAAUGAUGCUGGAGAGGAUAAGAGAACCGUGGAUCUCACUGUACAAGUUCCACCUUCUAUAGCUGAUGAGCCUAUGGACUUCCUAGUAACAAAACAUACCCCAGCAGUAAUUACCUGCACUGCUUUAGGAGUUCCAGUCCCCUCAAUUCACUGGACCAAAAAUGGUAUAAGACUGCUUCCCAGGGGAGAUGGCUACAGAAUUCUUUCUUCAGGAGCAAUUGAAAUAUCUGCCACCCAAUUAGACCAUGCUGGAAGGUAUACUUGUGUCGCCAGGAAUGCAGCUGGUUCUGCGCAUCGACAUGUGAACUUUCGUGUCCAGGAGCCUCCAGUCAUUCAGCCUCAGCCAAGCGAACUAGAUGUCAUUCUAAACAAUGCCAUUUUAUUACCAUGUGAAGCAACAGGGAUACCCAGUCCUUUCAUUUCUUGGCAAAAAGAAGGCAUCAAUGUCAUCACUUCAGGGAAAAAACAUGCAGUUCUUCCUAAAGGUGGCUUGCAGAUCUCCAGAGCCGUGAGAGAAGAUGCUGGUACUUACAUGUGUGUGGCUCAGAAUUCAGCUGGUACGGCCUUGGGCAAAAUCAAGUUAAAUGUUCAAGUCCCUCCAGCCAUUAGCCCCCAUCCGAAGGAACAUGUCAUUGUUGUGGAUAAACCCAUCACGCUACCAUGUGAGGUAGAUGGCCUACCACCCCCUGAUAUUACAUGGCAUAAAGACGGGCAUGCAAUUUUGGAAUCACUCCGCCAGCGCAUCCUCAGCUCUGGGGCUCUGCAAAUAGCAUUUGUGCAGCCUGGCGACGCAGGCCAGUACACGUGCUUGGCAGCUAAUGUGGCGGGAUCUAGCAGCACCUCCACCAAGCUCACCGUCCAUGUACCACCCAGAAUCCGUAGUACAGAAGUACAUUACACGGUCAAUGAGAAUUCACAAGCCGUUCUUCCAUGCAUAGCUGAUGGAAUCCCCACACCAGCAAUUAACUGGAAGAAAGACAAUGUUCUUUUAGCUGACUUGUUAGGAAAAUACACUGCUGAGCCAUAUGGACAACUCAUUUUGAAAAAUGCUGUGCCGGAAGAUUCUGGCACCUAUACCUGUGUUGCUAACAAUGAUGCAGGUGAAGACACACACACCAUCAGCCUGACUGUACAUGUUCUCCCCACUUUUACUGAACUUCCUGGAGAUGUGUCAUUAAAUAAAGGAGAACGGCUACAAUUAAGCUGUAAAGCAACUGGUGUCCCAUUGCCCAAGUUAACAUGGACCUUCAAUAAUAAUAUUAUUCCAGCUCACUUUGACAGUGUCAGCGGACACAGUGAACUUGUUAUUGAAAGGGUGUCAAAAGAGGAUUCAGGCACUUAUGUGUGCACUGCAGAGAACAGUGUUGGUUUUGUGAAAGCAAUUGGAUUUGUUUAUGUAAAAGAACCUCCAGUCUUCAAAGGUGAUUACCCUUCUAACUGGAUUGAGCCACUUGGUGGUAAUGCAAUCCUGAAUUGUGAGGUGAACGGAGACCCAGUCCCAAGCAUCCACUGGAGUAGAAAGGGGGUGGAAAUUGAAAUUAGCCACAGAAUCCGGCAGCUUGGCAAUGGCUCCCUGGCCAUCUACGGCACUGUAAAUGAAGAUGCUGGUGACUAUACAUGUGUAGCUACCAAUGAAGCUGGGGUGGUGGAGCGCAGCAUGAGUCUGACCCUGCAAAGUUCUCCUAUUAUAACUCUUGAGCCAGUGGAAACUGUUAUUAAUGCUGGUGGCAAAGUCAUAUUGAAUUGUCAGGCAACUGGAGAGCCUCGUCCAACCAUUACAUGGUCCCGUCAAGGGCAACCCAUUCCUUGGGAUAACAGAGUUAAUGUGUUGUCCAACAAUUCAUUUUAUAUUGCUGCUGCUCAUCAAGAAGAUACCUCUGAAUAUGAAUGUGUUGCUCGAAAUUUGAUGGGUUCUGUCCUUGUCAGAGUGCCUGUCACAGUCCAGGUUCAUGGUGGAUUUUCCCCCUGGUCUGCAUGGAGGUCCUGCAGUGCCACCUGUGGAAAAGGCAUCCAAAAGAGGAGUCGUCUCUGCAACAACCCCCUUCCAGCCAAUGGUGGGAAGUUUUGCCAAGGGUCAGAUUCAGAAGUGAAAAACUGUCAAAAUAAGCCAUGUCCAGUGGAUGGUAGCUGGUCAGAAUGGAGUCCUUGGGAAGAAUGCACAAGGAGCUGUGGACAUGGCAAUCGAACCAGGACCAGAACUUGCAAUAAUCCAACAGCUCAACAUGGUGGGCAGCCUUGUGAAGGGAGUGCUGUGGAAAUAAUCAUGUGCAACAUUAGACCUUGCCCAGUUCAUGGAGCAUGGAACGCUUGGCAGCCUUGGGACACAUGCAGCAAAAGCUGUGGGAAAGGUACCCAGACAAGAACACGGCUAUGCAAUAACCCACCACCAUCCUUUGACGGGUCCUACUGUGCUGGAGCAGAAACACAGAUGCAAGUUUGCAGUGAAAGACACUGUCCAGUUGAUGGCAAGUGGGCGACUUGGUCCAGCUGGAGCACCUGUGCUGUGUCCUGCGGAGGAGGUGCCAGACGGAGAACGAGGGACUGCUCGGACCCAGCACCCCAGGAUGGAGGAAGCAGAUGUGAAGGGACUGAUGUCCAGAGUGAUUUUUGCAAUAAUGAUCCUUGUCCAACUCAUGGUAACUGGAGUCCCUGGAGUGGCUGGGAAAUGUGCAGCCGGACGUGUAAUGGAGGGCAGAUGCGGCGGCACCGCACAUGCGACAACCCGCGUCCCUCCAGUGGAGGAAGAGCUUGUGUGGGGCCUGACUCUCAGAUCCAGAGGUGCAACACCGACACGUGUCCCGUGGAUGGAAGUUGGGGAAACUGGCAUAGUUGGAGCAGGUGUUCUGCCUCUUGUGGAGGAGGUGAAAAGACUCAGACACGGCUGUGCAACAACCCAGUGCCAUCUAAAAGUGGUCGCCCCUGUCCAGGAGAUGCUACUCAGGUAUCCAGAUGCAAUAUACAAGCAUGUCCAGGUGGGCCACAGCGAGCCAGAGGAAGUGUUAUUGGAAAUAUUAAUGAUGUUGAAUUUGGAAUUGCUUUCCUUAAUGCCACAGUAACAGAUAGCCCUAACUAUGAUUCUAAAAUAAUUCAUGCCAAAAUUACCAAUGUGCCUCGCAGCCUUGGCCCAGCAAUGAGAAAAAUAGUUUCCAUUCUAAAUCCCAUUUACUGGACAACAGCAAAGGAAAUAGGAGAGGCUGUCAAUGGCUUUACCCUUACCAAUGCAGUCUUCAAAAGAGAAACCCAAGUGGAAUUUGCAACUGGAGAAAUCUUGCGAAUGACUCAUAUUGCCCGGGGCUUGGAUUCUGAUGGCACUUUGCUGCUAGAUAUCACUGUGAGCGGUCACGUCCUGCAGCUUCAGUCACCUGUUGAUGUCACCAUAAAGGAUUACACAGAGGACUACAUUCAAACAGGUCCUGGGCAGCUGCAUGCCUACUCAACACGGCUUUUCACCGUCGACGGCCUCAGCAUCCCGUACACAUGGAACCACACUGUUUUCUAUGAUCGGGCCCGAGGAAAAAUGCCUUUCUUGGUAGAAACACUCCAUGCAUCCUCUGUGGAAUCUGACUACAACCAGUUGAAAGAGACUUUGGAUUUUAAAAUCCAUUCUUCAAUUUCCAAAGGAGAUCGCAGUAACCAGUGUCCCUCUGGGUUCGCUUUAGACACUGUUGGACCUUUCUGCGCUGAUGAAGAUGAAUGUGCAGCCUGGAAUCCCUGCUCCCACAGCUGCCACAAUGCCAUGGGAACCUAUUAUUGCUCCUGCCCAGAAGGCCUCACCAUAGCAGCAGAUGGAAGAAUGUGUCAAGAUAUUGAUGAGUGUGCUUUGGGUGGGCACAGCUGCCAUGCUGGUCAGGACUGCGACAACACCAUUGGAUCCUAUCGCUGUGUGGUCCCUUGUGGAAUUGGCUUUCGGAGAACCUCUGAUGGGCUGAGUUGUCAAGAUAUUAAUGAAUGCCAAGAAUCCAGCCCCUGUCACCAGCGCUGCUUUAAUACUAUAGGAAGUUUCCACUGUGGAUGUGAACCUGGGUAUCAGCUCAAAGGCAGAAAAUGCAUGGAUGUGAAUGAAUGUAGACAGAACGUUUGCAGACCAGACCAGCUCUGCAAGAACACCCACGGCGGCUAUAAGUGCAUUGACCUUUGUCCAAACGGGAUGACCAAGGCUGAAAAUGGAACCUGCAUUGAUAUUGAUGAAUGUAAAGAUGGGAUCCAUCAGUGCAGAUACAACCAGAUAUGUGAGAAUAUGAGAGGCAGCUACGGUUGUAUAUGUCCAAGAGGUUAUCGGUCUCAAGGAGUUGGAAGACCCUGUUUGGACAUUAAUGAGUGUGAACAAGUGCCUAAACCUUGUGCACAUCAGUGCUCCAACACUCCCGGCAGCUUCAAGUGUAUCUGUCCACCAGGACAACAUUUAUUAGGGGACGGGAAAUCUUGCGCUGGAUUGGAGAGGCUGCCAAAUUAUGGUACUCAGUACAAUAGUUAUAACCUUGCCCGGUUCUCCCCUAUGAGAAACAACUAUCAACCUCAGCAGCAUUACAGACAAUACUCACAUCUCUACAGCUCCUACUCAGAGUAUAGAAACAGCAGAACAUCUCUCUCCAGGACUAGAAGGACUAUUAGAAAAAUUUGCCCUGAAGGCUCUGAGGCAAGACAUGACACAUGUGUAGAUAUUGAUGAAUGUGAAAAUAGAGACACCUGCCAGCAUGAAUGUAAAAAUACCUUUGGAAGCUAUCAGUGUCUCUGCCCACCUGGCUAUCAACUCAUGCUGAAUGGAAAGACAUGCCAAGAUGUUGACGAGUGUCUGGAGCAGAAUGUGCUCUGUGGGGUGAAUCGCAUGUGCUUCAACAUGAGAGGAAGCUACCAGUGCAUCGACACGCCCUGUCCACCCAACUACCAGCGGGAUCCUCUUUCAGGGUUCUGCCUCAAGAACUGUCCACCCAAUGAUUUGGAAUGUGCCUUGAGCCCAUAUGCCCUGGAGUACAAAUUUGUCUCCCUCCCAUUUGGAAUAGCUGCCAAUCAAGAUUUAAUCCGGCUGGUUGCAUACACGCAGGAUGGAGUGAUGCAUCCCAGGACAAGUUUCAUCAUGGUAGAUGAGGAACAGACUGUUCCCUUUGCCUUAAGGGAUGAAAACCUGAAGGGAGUGGUGUAUACCACGCGGCCACUACGAGAAGCAGAGACCUACCGCAUGAGGGUUCGAGCCUUAUCCUACAGUGCCAGUGGGACCAUUGAGUAUCAGACCACAUUCAUAGUGUAUAUAGCUGUGUCUGCCUAUCCAUACUAAGAAGCUCUCCAAAGCCUCAUCCAUGUAUUUCAACUGCAUUAAUCAUGGAAAGCCAAUCCCCUUCCAUAUUACUGUCUCCUGAACUGUUGCAAUCUUGGCGACUUGAAAAUGGUGCUAUGCUUUGUGUUAUGUGCCUUCCUUGAUACUGCUGAGGUAUUUUCGUUAUCCUACCAUGAUUAUAUCUUUUAAUAAGUCUAGAAAAGUCCCUUAUUGUUUUCUUUAUUUAUUACACUGGAGCAGUUACUUCCCAAAAAUUGUUCUGAACACCUAACAGGACACAUUAGCAAUGUUUUAUAGUAGCUUAGUAGCUAGGAUCAUUUUCCUUGAAAAAACAAAACAAAGCCAAAAUAACCUAAGUGAAAGCCAAGUAGAUUUUUGAGCAUUUGACCAUUUUUAAAAUAAUAAAACUUGUUGCUAUUGCUUUGAUCAAACUUUUGCAAUAGCUUAUGAAAAUACCUUUUUUUUAGGUAUUGAUACUUUGUGAUGGGACUUAUGUAGUUGUUUUCAUCUAAUGGGAAAAAAUGAAACACCACUCAUUUUAGAAAAAUAGCACAGCCACUAGAAGGUUUAUUCAAUCUCAAAUGGUACUUACCUUGAUUGAAUGUGGAAAAUAAGGAUAUUAUUCUCAUUGAUUUUGUGAAAUCAGCUGAACCACUUAUGAUAAAAAAUAUAUAUAUAUAUUACUUUGCCCUAAAAUGAUUAUUCCUAGCAUGGAUCUUUUCUCUAAGAUUUUGAGAUCACCUUCCCUUCAGUUAGCUCCAAAACUUUUACAUUCCAGCAUUUUUAAAAAUUUCCCUGUCAGUUGAAAAUAAUUUUUAAAAUAUCAAUGGAAUAGAUCAUUUUGUCUUUCUUAAAAAUCUCGUAUGUUCAAAUUAGUGUAAAUGUUAAAUGUCAAUACACUGUACAUGGUGAAAACAGACGCUGGAAGGAAGCAAUUGCCAAGAUGUAUUCUAUUUUUAUGAAGUGUAUAUAUAUUACCUUAGUGUGUACUUUUCAUAUAAUAUCUUGUUGGACUGUUUUAUAAAAUUAUUUUCUAACAAUAAAAACAAUGUUACAAUAAAACCACCCUAAAUAAAA